GGGAGCGCUUCGUCCGCGACGGACAACGCUGAGGGAGCGCAACAAGAGUCCGCUGCUUCGGGAGCUGCCGCUUCUGAGAGUAGUUCAGUGCCUGCUCCUUCGGGAGAAGGACCUGCUGAGAGUAGUGCGCCCGCAGCUCCGACUGACGGCAGUGCUCCAGCAGCAGCUGAUGGCGCCAAUGACGAGAGCAGCACCGCAAUCGUAGUGGACUCUAGCGAAAAUGCGGGAGAACAGCCAGCAGCGGAUCCGCCAGCAGCGGAGACAGAAGAACCAGAUUUAGAUUAUAGUAUCGCAUCCUUGCGCGGACUCGUGACUUGCUUGAAUCUGACUCAGAGACACAUUCUGUCUAUGACUGGCAUCGACGCUGACUUCCUAAUGGCUUUGCCGGAGGAAAUGGUUGGAGAGCAGAUAUCCGAGGCCAUCCGAGGACUUGGAGGCGUAUCUGUGCUUCGUGCCAGCGGCGGCGAGCGGCCGCUUCCGGCGCCGACCGACGACGCGGUUGUAGCCGCGCUUCCGCGAAUCCCCG